AUGUCGGAAAGACAACUUGCUGCACUGUGGGGCUUGGAGCAAUUGACAGAGACUCCCUGCGGUAUCAUGAGAGGUUACUGUAUCAGGAGCUCAGAGGGACAUUUGAUAGUACAAUCAUCUGCCUUAAAAACUGAAGAUAUCACACAACAUACAUAUGAAGCGCAUGCCAUUAUCCCACAUGUACCCUCAGCCCUUCACAGCAAAGAUCUAGAUCCUUUUCAACAUCUAUCAUCUGAUUCAUCACAGACUGUAGAGCAAAAUACAAGCCACAGAAGUGAUGUUGUACCUAAAAGAGCAAACACGGGGGAGAAGCCAUUUUCAUGUUCAGAAUGUGGGAAAUGUUAUACCGUUAAGUCAUCUCUUGUUGAACAUCAAAGAACUCACACAGGAGAGAAGUCAUUCUCAUGUUCAGAAUGUGGAAAAUGUUUUACCCAGAAAUCAAAACUUUUUAGACAUCAGACAGUUCACACAGGAGAGAAGCCAUUUUUAUGUCUCGAAUGUGGCAAAUGUUUUGUAACAAAUACAGAGCUUGUUGUUCAUCAGAGAAUUCACACAGGGGAGAAGCCAUUUUCUUGUUCAGAAUGUGGGAAAUGUUAUACUCAGAAAUCACAUCUUUUUCGACAUCAAAGAUGUCACACAGGGAAGAAGCCGUUUUUAUGCCUAGAAUGUGGGAAAUGCUUUUCUCAAAAAGCAAAUCUUAUCGUACACCAAAGAACUCACACAGGUGAGAAGCCAUUUUCUUGUCCUGAAUGUGGGAAAUGUUUCGCAAGAAAAGCAGAUCUUGUUGAACAUCUUGGAAUUCACACGAGGGUGAAAGCAUUUUCAUGUUCAGAAUGUGGGAAAUGUUUUUAUAAAAAAUCACAUCUUCUUGUACACCAAAGAACUCAUAAGGGAGAGAAGCUAUUUUCCUGUACGGAAUGUGAACAAUGUUUUAUUUGGAAAUUGCAACUUGUUGAACAUCAACGGACUCACACAGGGGAGAAACCAUUUUCAUGCCAAGAAUGUGGGAAAUGUUUCAUAAGAAAAUCAGGUCUUGUUAAACAUCAGAAAAUGCACACAGGAUAGAAGCCAUUUUCAGGCCAAGAAAGUGGGAAAUUUUAUAGUGAUAAAUCAAACUUUGUUCAACAUUAAAGAAGCCACACAAGGGGGGGAAAGCGAGGGCUAACUUCCUACACCCUACUUAGCGAUUGCACAGCAGUUAUGUUCAUGCAAUCAGCAGUAGGAGCCAGACGUAAUAUAUAGCCAGGCUUUCUCUGCAAUGGCCAGGAUUGGAGCUAGCUCCGUUCCUGGCUAUGUAACCCCAUUAGAUACCACAGUCUGUAGUAAACAUACCUCAAAGUGGUAAAGCAGAUGGAGGGGGCUCACUCUGACCCUAUAUCAUGUACCUUCCUCUGGGCAACGAGAUCAGAGUAAUCAUAAUUGGUAAGGCAGCCGGAGGCUUAAUGAUGGCCUCCAGGUUUGUAAAGUACAGACCUUGCACAAGGGUUUGAUAGGUUACCUGUCUGCAGAAUACUAACAGGCAGACAUUAUGACUGUACUACAUAAUUAGUGCAGUGUACAGUUGUGGCCAAAAGUUUUGAGAAUUACAUAAAUAUUGGAAAUUGGAAAAGUUGCUGCUUAAGUUUUUAUAAUAGCAAUUUGCAUAUACUCCAGAAUGUUAUG